CUGCAGUUCCUGGAAAAAGGUGAACCUUUAGCCUGGGUUCACACAUAUGCGGAGUGGUACAUCGCAUGUGAUUCACGCAGGAACCGUACCGCAUUCCUGUACAAAUCACAUGCGAUUUGUGUGCGGUGCGAUUGGAGCCAUACAUUUUCUAUGACUCUAAUCGCACCGCACCCCCACCAAAAAGGUGCAGGACCCUUUUUUUGGUCCGCACUAAAAUCGUAUCGCAUGGCUAUUCACACCUAUGCGAUCCGAUUCUGCACAUCGCACCACGGUAUUGUUAACUUAACGUACACGCCCGCAGCGGUUUGCAUGAAUGGGAUGCGAUUCUGAUGCGGUGCAUAAUUCGCACUAAAAACGCUGCAAAUUCCACAGGGCAUCAGUGUGAACCAAGGCUUAAUCUGAACAUAAA